AUGCUGAAAGUUGAUCUACAGAAGGCUUUUGAUUCGCUUAAUUGGGAUUUCAUAUUGAAUACGCUCGAAGCCCUCGGGUUUCCAAGCCACUUCCGGAAGCUGGGGUCAAAGGGUUUACGGCAGGGCGACCCGCUCUCUCCCUAUCUAUUUUUCAUUGCGCUGGAAGUGUUCUCUCAGAUGCUAAAUGCGAAGUUUAGAGUUGGGGAUAUUGGCUACCAUCCGAAGACAUCAGACCUUGAGGUAACACAUCUUGUCUUUGCUGAUGAUAUUAUGAUUUUCUUUGAUGGUAAGAAGAACUCCCUUGCUAAUAUCGUUGAUACUAUGGAGUUAUUUGCCACUUGGUCUGGUUUGAGGAUGAACAAAGAAAAAACAAAACUCUUUGUAGGAGGGUUGAACCAGGCUGAAACUACUGAACUGCGAAGUCUUGGUUUCACUCUCGGUUCAAUGCCUAUCCGUUACUUGGGUCUUCCUCUGAUGCACCGUAAGCUGCGCAUAUCCAAAUACAGGCCACUGUUGGUGAAAAUAUCGGGUCAGUUCACUGCUUGGUCUUGUAAAAAGCUGUCUUAUGCUGGUCGUGCUCAGCUGAUUAACUCAGAUGCUUACAGCAAAUUCAAAGUUUAUGCUCUCGCUUCUUAUGGACCAGAAAUAUUAUUGAUCGUGGAGUGGCUAAGAUUGCGUGGAGCACAAUCUGUUUACCUAAAAGAGAAGGAGGGCUCGGCUUUAGGAACCUGGAAAUUUGGAACAUGCCUAAAGUUGAUUUGGAUGUUAUAUGUUCCUAAUCCUUCUUUAUGGGCUUCAUGGAUUAGGAAGUAUAAGAUUGGUGAUGAGAGUUUAUGGAGUCUGGACGCUAAAAAGGCAGGCUCAGGGACAUGGAGGUCACUGUUAAACCUGAGGCAUCUAGCUACAAAUUUCUUGAGAGCAGAAGUUGGAAAGGGUGACAGAAUAAGCUUUUGGUGGGAUAUUUGGACCCCUCUAGGUCGGUUAAUUGAUUUAUUCGGUGAGACAGGUCCACGUGAACUCUCAAUUCCUCUGUUUGCUUCAGUUGCUGAUAGUUGUGACCAUAAUGGCUGGAGACUGAGAGGUGCUCGCUCGCCUGCGGCAGAGAAUCUCCACAUUCAUCUCACUAGUAUUCAGCUGCCUACUACCUCCCAAACAGAUGAUGAGUUUUACUGGUUCAUUGAUGGUGAGAAUCUACCGCGAUACUCUGCAUCUCGCACUUGGGGAGCGAUUAGAAAUAGAGCUCCUGCAGUCACUUGGUCAAGCAGUGUCUGGUUCAGAUCAGCAACACCUCGCCAUGCUUUCUUGAUGUGGAUCGCACAGAACGAUAGAAUGCCAACUCGAGUACGACUAACAAGUUGGGGCCUUGGCAUCUCAUCUAACUGCUGUCUAUGCGACUCAACACCAGAGACUCGAGAUCAUUUGCUUUUGCGAUGUGAAGUUAGUAAGCAGAUUUGGGUCUUGGUUCUGAGAAGGUUGGGAUAUUCCCACUCUUGCUUCAUCACUUGGACAUCUUUUAUUGAGUGGUUAUCUCUAAGGGAUUCCACUGCUCCACUGAUGCUCAAAAGAAUUGUUGCUCACGCAACUAUCUAUAGUAUCUGGGGAGAACGGAACAAGCGUCUACACGACGGUAUCUCGACUGCUCCUCCAACGAUUUAUAGGCUCAUUGAUCGUAAUAUCAGAGACACAAUCUUGGGGAAACAACACAUCAAGAAGAGUUUCAAAAACCUUAUGCUAUCUUGGCUAAGGUAUGAUUAG